AUGAUACAAGAGAUUAAGAAAAAGCUAGACAGAAUUAUUUCAAAUUCUAAAGUGCAUGAUACCCCAGAAGUAGAAAAAUUCAUAUCAAAUCAGUUAGAAAAUAUUUUGUAUUUACAAAACUUUAAAGAGUUUAUAAAUAACGGAAAUAACAAAGAAAAAAUAGAUUUAUUAUGUCAUCAUCCCGAACAUAUUCCAGAUAUAUACCCAUAUACAAUAGAUGAGUUAUAUGAAAUAGAUGAAUUCACAGGCGAAACAAAGCUAGAACAAGGGCUUAAGUACAUCUAUACUAACAAAGGUGUAUAUAAUGAAGCAGAUAGACUAUACAAUGCAUUUAAUACAGAUUUAGAUGUUGGUAUUCAGUGUUACAGGGCAAAUCAUAUAUUUAAAUUGGAUAAAGUAAGACUAAUAAGAAGUAUACACAAGCACAUAGAAAAAAUAUUUUCUGAAAGAAAGUGGUUCUUUAAUAUUUUUAGAGUUGAAAGGUACGUAUAUGACACGAUUUUAGAUGAAAUCAAUUAUACCGGCACAAUUUUAGAAAGCAAUGAAAAAACUGAUAAUAGAACGGCCCCAUUACACAAUGGAAUAUUUUGGAAGUGCACAUUAUAUCAAUUACUUAGCAAGCAGAUGAACGCAGAGCAGAUAAGUGAAAUUAGCACUGAGUUAUGUAAGUUACUAUGCCGUUACAAAGAAAUCAUUCUAUGCAAAAACACAGCUAUUAACAGACUAAAGGAGGCAUACAUUAAAAGACUUAUUAAAGAGAGCAAAGGCAGCAUAUCAGAGACUUCAAUAAGACAAUUAAGCCUAGAUAAACUUCUUAACUAUAAACAGAAUAUACAAUCUGAAUACUUAACAAAGAUUGUGAAUGAAAUCAUAUCACAUAAAUCAUAUGUAGAUGAUUUACUUAUUAAUAUGACUAUAGCAAGGAAUAAUUCUUAUAUAUUCAAUAGUCUUAAUACUAUAGUAAAAACAACUCAAAACAUACCAGAUUUAGAAAGCAGUCAGAAGGUAUACAUAUAUAAAAUUGCAGAGAAGUACACGAAUUUAUUCGGUGCAAACUUCAGUUUCGAUAUAGAAAAUAGUGCUGAGAAUACUAAUGAUGUUAAAAAAUAUACAGAAGACAUACAAAAAUUAUUAGAAAGAACAAAAAAAGAAAAUGAAAAAUUACAGAAAGUUCUAUUUUAUAUAAAUCCAUUGAAAUAUAUAAAAAUGAAAUUGUUAAAUAUUUGGGUAUUUUUAUCUAAAUAUACACCACCAGAACCUGAAAGAAGCAGAAUAACAACUGUAAAGGGGAUUAUUCUAGUUUUAUUAUUAUUACUAAUUGUUGGUUCUCUGCGCGCAUUCGGAAACCAUAUAUUCCUCAGCAGUGGUAUUAUGCCCUGUGGAACAAUAAAAUAAUUAGUGUGAUAGUAAUAUGUGUGCACACCAUUUUUU